GCGCGGCAUCGGGGGCACCGGGAGCAUCGGGAGCACCGGGAGCGCCGGGGCGGGGAGAGCCCGGUCCCCUCCCCGCCGGGCCGGGCGGGAGGCGGGCUCAGCGAAGACGCCCCAGGCUGGUGACAGCCCGGGCCAGUGGCCGCCUGGGCAGGGGACAUGGCGGGGGGCGCGGGGCUGGCCAAGCGCCUGGGGACCCUCUUGUCAGGGCUGCUGGAGUGCGGCGCCUUCUGCGGCAUCAUCUUCGGCUGGGCCUCCCUCGUCUUCGUCCUCAAGGACCUGGGCUACUUCGAGGGGCUGUGCCAGCCCUCUGCCACCCCCAGCCCCAACGCCAGCCUGGGGUCUGACUGCAGCGGGCAGGAUGAGCAGUUCUCUCUGGUCUUCACCAUCGGCUCCUUCAUGAACAACUUCAUGACCUUCCCCAUGGGCGUCGUCUUUGACCGUUUUGGCACCACAGCUGCGCGCCUCAUCGCCAUCUCCCUCUACACUGGUGGGACCCUGCUCGUCGCCUUCUCCACCCCAGAGAUGGCGGUGCUGCUCUUCCCAGCCAUGUCCAUGCUGUCAGUGGGUGGCAUCCUCCUCAUCCUCACCAACAUGCAGGUGGGCAACCUGUUCGGGAACUACCGCUCCAUCAUCAUCACCCUCUACAAUGGGGCCUUCGACUCCUCCUCCGCCAUCUUCCUCAUCGUCAAGCUGCUGUACGAGCAGGGGCUGUCCCUACGGGUCAUGUUCCUUUUCCUGGCGGCCUGCAGCGCCUGGCACCUCCUGCGCACCCUCUUCCUGAUGCCGCGCACCCGCAUCCCGUACCCGCUGCCCCCCGACUAUGACUACGGGCUGCAGUGCCGGGGGCGCUCCCGCUCCUACCGAGCGCACAAGGACAAGCAGGCUCCGGGAGAGGCCGGAGCGGAGGAGACACCCCUGGAACCCGCCGCAGCUCGAGGUGGUGACACCCCCGGGACGCCGUUCCGGGCCUGCGCCUGCUCGUGGCUCUUCGCCUGGCACGUGGCCUGGCUCUCGGUGAUGCAGCUGCGGCACUACCUGUUCAUCGGCACCCUCAACCCGCAGCUUGAGCACCUGGCGCACGGGGACCACGCCCUGGUGAGCACCUACACCAACGCCUUCGCCUUCACCCAGCUCUGCGGGGUGCUCUGUGCCCCCUGGAACGGCCUCAUCCUCGACCGGCACAAGCGGGGAAAGGGCCCCCGCCCUGAGGGGAUCCUGGCGGCGCUGGCAGACCUGCGCUCGGCGGUGCUGUCGCUGGUGGUGACGGUGGCACAGUGCCUGCUGUUCUCUGUGUUUGCCGCCGUGCCUGUCCUGCCCGUCCAGUUCGGCACCUUCGUGCUGCAGGUCAUCAGCCGCUCCUUCCUGUACGGCGGCAACGCCGCCUUCCUGGCCAUCGCGUUCCCCCCGCAGCACUUUGGGAAGCUCUACGGGCUGGCCAUGGCACUGUCGGCGCUGGUGGCCCUGCUGCAGUACCCCUGUGUCGCCCUGGUGCAGGGGCCGCUCCAGGGGGAUCCCUUCUACAUGAACUUGGGGCUCAUCGCCGUGGUGCUGGUGGCCUUUGUCAGCCCCGUGGUGGUGGCCCGCGAGUGCCAGCGGCGAGCCAAGGAGCUGGGGAUGGCUGGCGCCCCCCUGGCAGCACCCGCCAGCACCGAGAUCCACGCCGAGACCCCACACUGAGCCCCACAGCCAGCACACCAUUUUUGUACCAGCCUCGGGGUGCUGUGCCAGUGGGGUCAGGGGGUGGGGAUAAUAAACAUCACUGCCCCCUCCACUUGCCGUGCUGCCCCCACG